CACUUGCAUCCAUUCCUCAACCACAUUCACAACACGCAACAUGAAGGUCUUGGCGGUGCUGUGUUUGGCGGCGGCAGCCUCCGCCAUGCCUCAGGCUGGCCUCGUUGGGCCCUCAGGGGUCAUUGGGCCCUCCGGCCUGGUAGGGCCCUCGGGUCCAGUCCAGUUCAACCAGCCAGCAUGGGCGUUCCUGGGUAACCAGGCCCACGCCCACCUGGCAGCCAUCAACGCCCUCAGACAACCUGCCAGAGCUGCUGCUAGCUUCCAGCCGGCCCCUGCCGUGCCUGGCCAGUAUGGCGUCGAUGGUGCUGGCUGCGUCGUUGGGCCUUCCGGCAAGGUCUGUCCCACUGGCAACAUUCAAUUCACGUAAAUUACCCACGAAUGUUGUUCUUCUUCAAGGAUACCUCUCAAUCUUGUGACUUCUUUCUCGUCUUCGUCGAACUUUCUCUUUCCCUUUCCCUGUGCAAUCGUUGGUAGCCUACACUGGAGGAGCCGCCGAGUUCAGAACAUAGUGGAGUUCUCUCCUUGGCCGCAUCACUAAAACAAGAACCAUGUUGAACAAGACGGCUUGGAUUUUCUGUAGUUUUCUACUGCCAUCAGGAAAAAAGUGUCCUCGCUUAUGUAGUAGUGAGAUAUUGGUAAAAAUGAGAUGCUUUCAAAAGGAGUACUAGUCCAGAUAGCCAGCCUCGCUCUUGUUAACACCAACUUUAAUAAAUAAAGAAAAAAACAUCAAAAAUAUGGUUUACGAUGAGAUGUCUUUAUGGAUUUUCACUGCAGAAUGGUUGAUAUACUUCACAGGAAUGAAAGUAAAAGAUGAGUGUACGUUAAAUGUUACAAUAAAUAUAUAUGCAUUAAAAUAUCAGUAUUAA